AUGAGACACUGGGCCGUCCUCCUCGUCCUCCUCACUGUAGCUCUGGAUGCUCUCCUCACUCCAGGGGAUGGGGCACCUGUCCACAGGCAGCGUCCGCAGAACAAGCUUCUCCUCGUGUCCUCCGAUGGCUUCCGCUGGAACUACGAUGAGGACGUGGACACUCCCAAUCUGGACGCCAUGGCUCGAGACGGAGUGAAAGCUCGCUACAUGACCCCUGCCUUUAUCACCUUGACUAGUCCCUGCCACUUCACGCUGGUCACUGGCAAAUACAUCGAGAACCACGGGGUGGUUCACAACAUGUUCUAUAGCACCACCACCAAGGUGAUGCUGCCCUACUAUUACCACACUGGCAUCCAGAAGCGGUGGGACAGUGGCUCGGUGCCCAUCUGGAUCACAGCCCAGAGACAGGGCUUAAAGACCGGCUCCUACUUCUACCCCGGUGGGAAUGUCACCUACCAAGGAGAGGCCGUGACACUGAGCCAGAAGGAAGGUGCCCUGCACAACUACAAAGACGAGAAGGAGCGGAGGGAAAAUGUGGACACAGUGAUGAAAUGGUUCAUGCAGGAGGACUUGGCUCUGGUCACUCUCUACUUUGGGGAGCCAGACUCCACGGGCCACAGGUAUGGCCCUGAGUCCCCAGAGAGGAAGGAGAUGGUGAAACAGGUGGACAGGACUGUGGGCUACAGCCUCGACCUGAUCAUCACAUCUGACCAUGGCAUGACAACCGUCAACAAGAAAGCCAGCGACCUAGUUGAGUUCCACAAGUUCCCCAGCUUCACCUUCCAGGACAUCGAGUUUGAGCUCCUGGACUAUGGGCCAAAUGGCGUGUGGAUCCCCAAGGAAGGGAAGAUGGAGGUGGUGUACAGUGUCUUUGAGGAUAUUCGCCCCAGGCUGCACGUCUACAAGAAGGAGUUCCCCAAGACCUUCCACUGCGCCAGCAACCCCAGGAUCACGCCCUUGCUCCUGCACAGUGACCUCGGCUAUGUCAUCCACGGGAGAAUAAGUGUGCAGUUCAACAACGGCGAGCACGGCUUUGACAACAAUGACACGGACAUGAAGACCAUCUUCCGGGCUGUGGGCCCCAGCUUCAAGGCGGGCCUGGAGGUGGAGCCCUUCGAGAGUGUCCAUGUAUAUGAGCUCAUGUGCCAGCUACUGGGCAUCGUGCCUGAGGCCAACGAUGGGCACCCUGACACCCUGCGGCCCAUGCUUCGCUCAGGGGAGGAAGGCGUCCCCUCUCCUCCUGCCCCUGGUGUUCUUGAGAGAGCAAGGUCUGCUGUCCUGCCAAACUGCCGGCUGCCCUUGGUGAUGGCACUGCUGGGAGUCCUGGUUCUUCUGGCCAAGAUCGAAUAG